AUGGCACAGUCGCGCGACGAAACGGCCAAGCGCCCUAACAGUGCGCUUGGCAGUUGUGGCCAUGACGCAGAAGGUGCAAGCAAGGACAUCACAGAAGAACAAAGGUCACAGGAAAAAUCAGAGCAACAAGUGCACACAGGCUUUCAGAAGGGCUGCCUCUCUUCGCUCGUUGUGAUUCCCACAAUUCGCAACGCCACAAAAUAUGGCCGCUCGACAAAAUGGGCACUGACGACACUUGCUGCGAUGGCUGCUCUUGCUGCACCUCUAGGGAGCAACAUUAUACUUCCUGUUCUCAAGCCCAUAUCCGAAUACUUUGACACAUCUCACACCGUCGUCAAUCUCUCCAUCGCCCUCUAUGCGCUCGCCGUCGCCAUCACCCCACUGUGGUGGUCCAGUAUGGCCGAGGCAUACGGCCGCCGUAUGGUCUACCUUGUAACAUUUCUGCUGCUCGCUGUCUUCAACAUCCUCUGUGCCGUUAGCUCGAACAUUGGCAUGUUUAUAGCCAUGCGGCUGCUGGCCGGCGGCGCGUGCGCUUCGGUGCAGGCCGUCGGGGCAGGCACCGUCGCCGAUCUGUGGGAGCCGCAGGACCGUGGCCGCGCCAUGGGCAUAUUCUCUUUGGGACCCAUGCUAGGACCGUUAACAGCGCCCAUCAUCGGCGCCGCCCUUGACAGUCGCUGGGGUUGGCGCAGUACCCAGUGGUUCCUCGUCAUAUAUGGCCUCGUCGUCUGGACUGCCAUGCUUGUGCUGCUGCCCGAGACGUUGACAAAGUACAAGGUUGGCAUCAAACUGCCCGUGGCGGCAGCCGACAGCGAACAUCAGCAGGAUCAUGUAACCAGUUCCGCUGACAAGGCCAAAUCCGUCGUCAAAGUCCUUGUCAGUCCCAUGCUAUCGGUUCGGCUGCUGCGCUACGUCCCGAUCCUCAUCGUUGUCUACUAUACGAGCAUCACCUUCGCUAGCAACUAUCUGCUCAACAUUUCGGUGCAAGGCGUUUUCUCGCGACCGCCGUAUGAGUGGUCUGUCAUGAUUGUUGGGCUCGCCUACAUUCCCAGCUCCGUGGGAGGCGCCGCUGGCGCGAUUCUCGGCGGACGCUGGACAGAUCACUGUAUGAAGCGGGCUGCGAGAAAGGCCGGCCGGGUCGAUGUCGCAACGGGGAAGCCCAUCUUUCAUCCACAGGAUCGCAUAAGUGAGAACUUUUGGGUGGCGGCAAUCAUGUACCCCGCCGCGCUGCUCUGGUACGGUUGGACGGCGCGUGGGAAUGUAUUCUGGGUCGUACCGCUCAUCGCAAACUUCUUCUUCGGUUUUGGCUUCAUGCUUAUCUCCAGCGUCACCAUGACCGUUAUGACCGAGUUUGUACCCGGCUCCACAACCACCGGCGUGGCUGUCACCAAUCUCGUGCGCAACACGCUUGGCUGCGUCGCCGCCAUCGUGGCCGACCCGCUGAUCCAAGCUAUUGGCAAUGGUUGGACCUUUACCAUCGCUUUUUUUAUAUGUAUACUAAGCGGAGCUCUCAUGAUUUUUAUGAAGCGCAACUGGGAACUUUGGAGGAAGGAGAUGGAGGCCAUUCGAGAGCAGUUGAAGUAG